GGUUACAAAACUGAAUGAGGAAUUCCAGUUGCCGAGAGUUCAUGUGCCUCUCUGUUGACAGGAACCAACAUAGUGGACGUCAGGCAGCAGGUUCUCCAGGCCAGUCCAUGCUGUCAGAGCCCAUGUCGAACCUCGCCAUGGCUUAUGGCAGCUCACUAGCAACUCAGGGGAAGGAAAUGAUGGAUAAGAAUCUGGACAGAUUCAUCCCCAUUUCCAAGCUGAAAUACUACUUUGCUGUGGACACUUUAUACGUGGGAAAGAAGCUGGGUCUUCUAGUUUUCCCCUACAUGCAUGAGAACUGGGAAGUGAGCUACCAGCAGGACACUCCCGUGGCCCCGCGCUUUGACGUCAACGCUCCCGAUCUGUACAUCCCCGCCAUGGGUUUCAUCACGUACGUGCUGGUGGCUGGGCUGGCCCUGGGCACACAAAACAGGUUUACUCCCGAGCUGCUGGGGGUUCACGCAAGCUCGGCGCUGGUGUGGCUCAUCAUGGAAGUCUUGGCAGUUCUCCUGUCACUCUACCUCGUCACCGUUAGCACCGACCUCACAACCAUCGACCUGCUCGCUUUUGCUGGGUACAAAUAUGUCGGAAUGAUCGUUGGUUUAGUAGCAGGACUCAUGUUUGGGAGGCCAGCUUACUAUCUCUCUUUACUGUGGUGCUGUGCUGCCAUUUUUGUGUUCAUGACCCGCACCCUGCGUCUGAAGCUCCUGUCCGAAGCGGCGGCGGAAGGAAAGCUAGUGAGAGUAGCCAGAAACCAGCUGAGGAUGUACCUCACCAUGUGUAUAGCGGCGGCCCAGCCUGUUUUCAUGUACUGGUUCACCUAUCACCUGAUCAGAUAAAUGCACCCACACUGGGGGGAGAAAGAGACACGCACACAUGCACAGAAGCUGCCCUCGUGUGUUCGCGGUCUGUCAGAGUAAAACAUUAGGUCGUGCUCCAUCUUUGCACGGAGGAGCACCACGCCACAUGCGACAACGAGCAAGAGAGAGAGUGUGUGUUUUUAAUGCGUUUAACUCUCACAGGAUAGCUGUUUUUUUCUGUUUUUUUGUACUACCAUGAUAUUGUCUGAACAACAUUCAACUUAAUAGUUUUUCUACACUGUGUAAGUACCUGUUAAUUAUUGUUUUUGUUUUUUUUUUAAAGCUGUAUUUAAAUGUGUCCUGUAUGUUCAUUUGACGCUGUUAUGGUCUAUGCUUCUUCUGAGCGGACUGCACAUACUCCGACGGACUGAACACGCUUCCUUUAUAAUCACUGAAACCAAAAGCACACUCAAAGAGUGACACGCACACAAUUCUAACAAAUGUCUACCUGUCAUCAUUUAAUCUGGACUAAAAAGUAGUCCUUCAGGUCUGCGGGCAUGGUUUUGUGCGUCCAACUCUUAACUUUUGCGUGCUUUGUGUCAUGUCUAUUACACAUUUGCCUGCCAGGUCGUGAAGCAGUGUUAGAUCGCACCAAGUCACGGUGAUGUUGUUUUGAUAUCCUUUUAAGAAACUGUGUAAAUUAUUUGUUGCUUUUCAUAUUGAAAGUCAGAUGGAAUAAAAGAAAAGAUUAAUUAAUAGCAUGUGGCAUUGAA